CUCAAUCUCUUUCGCACAUUCUUCUAUUUCGCUAUCUCAUCCCUUUCCACUCAAGAAAUCAGAUACCGGCCAUGUCGUGGCUCUUCGGCUCUUCCAAAGGCGCUGCGGAACAGACUCCCGCUCCCGCAGCCGCCCAGCCAACACCCACCGAGAAACCCAAGCCCUGCUGCGUCUGCAAGACCGAGAAGUCCGCCCGUGAUGACUGCAUGUUGUUCUCGAAAACCGAUGACCCGGCUCAAGAGUGCAAGCCCCUGAUCGAGCAGUACAAGGCCUGCAUGGCUGGAUAUGGGUUCAAGGUUUAAGCUGGUGGAGUCGGCUGAACCGUGUUGUCCAUCGAUCUUGUUCGGCAGUAUACGAUGUGCGUCGAGUACGCUGGGUUAUGCUUGGACGUGGGUAUUGUCGGUGUUGAUCGAACGCUGAGCGAUCCAUUGGGAAUAAUGCGGCUGUACUAUGGGCCAGGUGUUGGGUUAUGGGCUGCAGUUUGAUUUUAGAUUGUAUAUUAGCAUCAUUGCACGGAGUUUUUGUCGAUGUAUACUUUUUAUGUACACUACAGGUAUAUAGUCGUCUGGCAAGGCGUCUGUCAGACAAGUGAAUAGAACAUCUCUCCUUGACUCAGG